CAGGCGCGCGGCUCCGCCAGAGGGGCAACAAGUGAGGCGAUUCCCGCCCGCCGCCGCCCCGCACCGGCCGCCUCCGCGCCUCGGCCCCGCGUCCCGCAGCCCUCCUCUCCCGCUCCUCGCCCUGCUCUAGGCCGGUCCGCACCUCCUCCGGGGCGCGGCGCGGCCCGGACCUCAGAGCUGCGGCGGCUGGACGGGACGAGCCUUCCGUUGGGCUUGCCUCGGCGCCGCCCCGGCACUGCUUUCAGGUGCGGGAGCUUCCGCCCUCUGCGGGGGCUGGCGGAGGGCGGCGGCGGCCGAGGCAUGGUGCUCCGCCGGCCGCUGGGACGGUGGUAGAGGCGGCAGGCCGGGGGCGGGAGGGGGACGAGGGAGGGCUCCCGCCGCGGAGAGGCAGCCCGCGGCAGGACAAAAGCAUGGUGGAUGUGGAGGAGGCGGCAGGAAGAACCCCGGCAGAGCCUCGCGGCAGCCUGGCAAGAUAUGAGAAAUGAGUGUUGGACGCAGGAGACUGAAGCUGCUGGGAAUUCUGAUGAUGGUAAACAUUUUUAUUUACCUGAUCGUGGAAGUGUCCAAGAGUGGCAGCCAAGAGAAGAAUACCGAGGGCCACGUCAUCAUCCCCCGCAGCAAGUUCUGGAGGAAGCACACUCCUCACAAAGCUUACUGGAACAAGCAGCAGCAGAAGCUCGAGCUGCUCUACAACCCCAUCCUCACCUUGCUGUCCAACAUGACCGUGGAAGAGAACUUGAUCUCCAACGCCAGCCUGCUCAGCUCCUGCGAGCCUGACCCCUGGGUGUCUUCGGAGGUCAGCGACUUUGCAAACUUGCCCGACAGAUUCAAAGACUUCCUGCUCUACUUGCGCUGCAGAAACUACUCCUUGGUGAUGGAUCAGCCCAACAAAUGCAAGCACAAACCUUUCCUGCUGCUGGCUAUUAAGUCACUCAUCCCCCACUUUGAUAGGAGGCAAGCAAUCAGGGAGUCCUGGGGCAAGGAAAUCACAGCAGGGGAUGUGACGGUCAAAAGGGUCUUCUUGCUUGGCCAGACCCCGCCGGAGGAUAAUUUCCCUGACCUCUCAGACAUGGUAAAAUUUGAGAGUGAAAACCACCAAGACAUUCUCCUCUGGAACUACAGAGACACUUUCUUCAACCUAACCCUGAAAGAGGUGCUGUUUCUGAAGUGGGUCAGCAGCAGCUGCACGGAUGUCCAGUUCAUUUUUAAGGGAGACGACGAUGUUUUUGUGAACACCCACCAGAUCCUGGAUUACUUGAAGAGCUUAUCAAAAGACAAAGCCAAAGACUUAUUCAUAGGUGAUGUGAUCAAAGAUGCUGGCCCUCACAGGGAAAAAAAACUGAAGUACUACAUCCCAGAAAGCGUUUAUGAAGGCUCCUACCCUCCGUAUGCAGGAGGUGGUGGGUUUCUGUACUCUGGUGAGCUGGCUUUAAGGCUGAGCAACGCCUCGGAGCAGGUACUGCUUUACCCUAUCGACGAUGUCUAUACUGGAAUGUGCCUUCAGAAGCUUGGGCUUGCUCCAGAGAAACACAAAGGCUUCAAAACCUUUGAUAUCGAAGAGAAACACAGAAACAACAUCUGCUCCUACACAAACUUAAUGUUGGUACAUAGUAGGAAACCUCAAGAGAUGAUUAGGAUUUGGACAAGCUUGCAAGAUCCACACUUAAAUUGUUAAAGCAGCGUCUGCUGAGAUGUCUUAAAGCCCCCCAAGCUUAGCUCUGGCUUUUCUCAGGGGGACCAUUGAAGCUCUCUUUGAUACAUUUGCUGUGGGAGCUUUUUUUCCCCUCCCUCCCCCCCCCCCAAUCUUUUUGAAAAAUGAAAAUAAUACUAAAAGUGGAGGCAAUGGCUUGAAGGCUCAGUCCUGACCUUUAUUUUUCCCACUGUCCUGGUGGUCCUUAUGUUUCAAUAUCUGUCUUUAAUUUGAGCAAGGACUUCUAAGGACAUAAGCAGGUGUCACAGACUGGGCAGCAGUAUGGGACAUGGGGAUUGCCUACUGCAGUGCAUCUCUCAUUCAGGAGAACUUUUCCUGGAGCAGCAUUGCUCAGGGUAGGGGGGGGAGGAUGAAAAGCACUGCAAAUUUAACAUUCACUGGUUGGGGGAGCCUAGCUGAAGUAUGAAACACUCUUACAAAACCUGCUUGCAUUUUUUACGUUGAUAGCUUUCAGUCUUCUGCAGCCCAGAUGAGUGUGUUCUGGUUUACUUAGCAUCUUUUCUGCAAAGCCUGCCUGUGUACUUCGGUACGUGAUGCUUUUUGUGUUUUACCAGCAUCAUUCCCCCUCACCCCCAUAGUACAGUUUGGAAUGCCCCAUACAAGAGUUGCAGACAGAAGGCAAAAGAGGGAGGAGGCCUUGCACGGACAGAAGGCAAAAGAGGGAGGAGGCCUUGCACGGACAGAAGGCAAAAGAGGGAGGAGGCCUUGCACGGACAGAAGGCAAAAGAGGGAGGAGGCCUUGCACGGACAGAAGGCAAAAGAGGGAGGAGGCCUUGCACGGACAGAAGGCAAAAGAGGGAGGAGGCCUUGCACAGAGAGAAGGCAAAAGAGCAGGUGCCGAGUUGGAGCUGGGCAGUAGGCACAGCUGGGUCUACCUCUGCCCCAAGCAGGUAAAAGCUGACUUGUUGGUCAUGUUUUUAUGUGAAAAAAGCUGCUCUGGUCAGUGCCAGUUUUCUUUGUGGGCACUGGAUGUGGGCAGGCAGCUGGGCUGUGAUGCAGAGGGCUGAGAUUGCACAUUGCUCUCAAAGCAGCAGCAAACCUAGAGCGCUGCAGAGCCUCAGCUGCCAGCUUGGAACACACCCUCAGAGCUGCAUGAAGUCCUCCUGUAGAGUUUAAACCAAGUUCUUAAAACCUCAAAUCUUCUUAUGUAUUUCCACAUCUGGCUUCUGAGAGUUACUCUUCAGUAGUGGUUGCUUCCCUUUGUAUCUGUAGAAGUGCCUGUCUAUUUAUUGUUCAGAUUUGAAGACCAAAACCAAUUUUUUUUUUUCCUCUGAAGUCUAUUUUGUGUAAUGUUUUAUUUGUAUAGUGUUUGUCACACUCAAGAGAUAUAUUUAAAUAUAGAGCAUGAUAUUUUAAAUCUGUGGGAUGUGUAACACCUUUAAAGAAAGCUAAAUUGUUAUUAUUUUUUUCUGAAUUUGAAAAAAGUCAAAUAAAAUUAAAAUGUGAUUUCACUA